CGCUAUCAUCCGCUAACUGGCUGGGACGACGGACUUGCCAAUUACUGAUUACCUACUGUCGGCUUGUUGUAAGAGGACAACUUCCCUACUCCAUUGUUCACAUCUUCCCAUCCGCCCAGCUUCUAUACCACAGCAUCCGCCCUCCCCAUUCUAGGUUUGAAUUGGUUCCUUGUCCACACCUUUCCUGUGUGACGUGAUUUGUCUUCUCCGGCUUACUGCCUGGGACCCCUCGAUCCCCUCCACGGCCGCAAAUUGUACGGAUCAUGGCUGAUGACACCGCCACGGCCGAAGAUGCGCCCAUCACCUUUACCGUCAAGUCAUCGAAUGAUGUUAAAUUCACCCUCACCCUUCCCUUGUCAACUCCCGUGUCAGAUUUGAAGGAAAAGCUCGCGUCAUCGGAAUACGCUGAUACCCCCGCCGAGCGUCAGCGUCUGAUCUACUCGGGCAGAGUCCUCAAGGACAACGAAACCUUGGCGACCUACAAGAUUAAGGAUGGACAUACUAUUCAUUUGGUGAAAAGUGCUGCCAGCAAUCAGCGUCCGGGAGGUGCUGCGCCGGCCACCUCCACUGCACCAGCUGGCUCUGCUGCCAAUCCUCCGGCAGCGGGCGUUCCUACGAACCUUGCUGCCGGCACAGGCAACAAUCCGCUCGCUGGGUUGACGGGGGCGAGAUAUGCCGGGUUUGCGCAACUCCCAGGCGCAGGCAUGUUUGGUCCUGAUGGUGGGAUGGGACCUCCUCCCGACACAGAAUCGAUGCUCAACAUGCUUGAAAACCCACAAUUUCAGUCCACUCUCAACGAGGCCCUGCAGAACCCCGCCAUGAUUGAUAUGAUGAUUCAACAAAACCCCAUGCUGCGCGACAUGGGUCCCGGCGUGCGGCAGAUGAUGCAGAGCCCGGAGUUCCGCCGCAUGCUCACCGACCCGAACUCGGUACGUCAGAUGGUUCAAAUGCAGAGGGCCAUGGGUGGCGGGGGCUUGGGAGGCAGUGCAUUCCCGGCUCCUGGGGUCACAAACACCACCCCGGAGGAAAACAGAAACACCCAAAACAACAACGGUACCACCCCAGCUCCCGGCGCCGCGUUCAACCCGUUCAUGCCCGCCGGACUUGGUGCUGGAAAUCCCUUUGCCGCCCUCUUUGGAGGCAAUCCCAUGAUGGGUAACCCCGUUGGGGCCACAUCCACCGCAGGCGGUGACCAGCCUAAUACUACUCAGAGGGCUGCCGGCACCACCACUGGGGAAGACAAUGCUGCCGGACAAGGGCAGAAUCAGCCGGGCUUCCAGAACCCGUUCAGCUUUUUCAACCCUGCGCUCUUUGGCGGUCAGGGGGGUCAGGCCGGUGGAAACCCUUUUGACCCGCAACAUAACCCGCUGCUCCGGGACCCAGCGCUACUGCAACAGGUGAUGCAGUCCCUGGGUGCUGGCCCGGGAGAGGGGGGUGCGGCUGGCACCAAUCCUCUGGCGGCACUUCUCGGUGGUGGGUUUGGCACGCCCCCUCCCCAGGACAACCGCCCCCCCGAGGAACGCUAUGCCGAACAGCUUCGUCAGUUGAACGACAUGGGGUUCUUUGAAUUCGAGAGGAACAUUGAGGCUCUCCGCCGGUCAGGGGGUAGCGUGCAAGGGGCCGUGGAAUAUCUGCUGAGCCAUCCUUCUUAAUUACACUGCCGGCGCGUUCAACGAUGUGUGCGGUAUCUAUCUCUUCUCUUUGUCGACAUAAUUAUGUUCACUGACGAUGCAUUUCUGCGUAUGCGUCGAUGCAGACCAAGUCGAUAUCUGGCGGGUUGACCUUUUUUCUUACUACCCUUCUGCGUGGAUUUUCCUCGGAUGACUGGGGAGCCUUGAUGUAGCAAUUUUCCCAUGGCCUGAUGAAGGCGUUAUUAAGCAGAAUUAUGACAGAUUAUGAUGUUAUCCACA